AUGGUGAGUGAAACACCAUCAAGAGUCACUAACCGCUCCGCAGAUGGAUCGAACGGAGACAUUUUCAUCAGCCCGAGAUUCAAAUCCGCGGCGGCUCUUGCGGGUUGGGACGAAGAGGAUCUGAUAAUCGCUAGCUUCGUGGUGGAAGAUACCCCUGAAAGAAGCUCAUCUAAACGAAGGAGAAGAUCUAAUCUCCUCUCUAAAACAAGCCCACCUUCUUCAGGUUCAAGAAGGAGGCAGAGGAUUAAACAGAGUUCUUCAAAUCCGUUACCUGUUAUUGAUCUUGAUAAAGUAAUUAGACGUGAAGAGGAAAGAUCUGCAGAGAAGAAGAACAAAAAGAACAAGGAGACAAAAACUGAAACAAAAGAAGAGAAGAGUGCAGAAAAGGAUGAGAAGAUGUUGCCAGAGCAGAAGAACUCAGCUUCUGUUGUGCUUCCUUGCAUUGAUAAGCUUCGUGACGAGUUGUCUUGUGCAAUUUGUCUUGAGAUCUGCUUUGAGCCAAGUACUACAACUUGUGGACACAGCUUCUGCAAGAAGUGUUUACGGUCUGCAGCAGAUAAAUGUGGAAGGAAAUGCCCUAAAUGCAGGCAACUGAUAGGAAAUGGGAAGUAUUGUACAGUUAAUACAGUUCUUUGGAACACAAUCCAGCUUUUGUUCCCUAAAGAAGUCGAAGCACAGAGAGCUGCUGCUUCUUCUAACUUCCUAACCAAGGAAACGCCGAGUCCUAGAGACUCUAACCAGAGGCUAAGAAGCAGGAACAGAGAAACUGCGUUGCAAGCUAGGUUGCAGAGAGAGGAUAUCUCAAGAUUACUUGUGUCUGAAGAGAGAAGCGAGAGGAGGAGGAGAGGGACGAGUGUGAGGUUGGAUCAAGAUAGCGAUGCAGCUUUUGCGUUGCGGUUACAGAGGCAGGAAUUGGCGUCUGCGUUUGGCGGUACAGGGUCUGCUGCAAUUGCUUCUUCUUCUUCUUCAACGGCUGUUUCUCUAUCGAGAGCAAGAGCUAACCUUAGAGCUAUGGCGUCACGAGCUGCUCGAAGGCAAUGAUAGAUUGAGUGAUGAUGAUCAUUUUAUCAAUGACAUCGUGAAAACUACAUUGUACUCCUUUACGUUUUCUUGCAACAACACAUUGUAAAAUGUAAAAACUUCAUUGUUGUG